UUUUCUCCAGAUCACUUAAGUGAGAUCCUUGAGUUAAUGGAUAAAGACAAGGCUUACUUGAUGCAGAGAUGUGUGAAGUUAAGUCAUCUACUUAGGGAGAAGGAAUUGGCACUAAAGAAUUUCUCCCAGGAAGUGAAGGAGGAGGUGGCUGAGGAGAAGUGUUGGGAGGGUGCACACAGGCUUCCGAACGGACUGAGCCAAGAGGGGGGAGGUUCAUUGUCCUGUGACGAGAUUGUGCCGAGGCUGAAAGGAGAGGAACAUUCCCAACCCGGGGCCACAGCUGGUGGCAUCACAGAUUUAGGAGGUUGGGCCUCAGUCACUCACCAGCCUCAUUGCCAUGUGAUGGCUGAAGUCUCCCAGAAGGAAGAGGGGGUACGAUCAAGGAAAAUGGCCUCUGCCUCAGUGGGUCUCGAGGCUCUGUGCAGCCAGGAGGAGAAUAGACCACCAGGCCAGCUCCACGUCCACAAAGCCAGAAGCCACAUGCCUGCUGGGUGUCCGAGUCAGAAAAUCACUCUGGAAGAAUCUCUGCUGCAGGAGGUGGAGACCUUGAAGGCUGAGAUGACCAUUAAGGAAAACCUGUUGAGGCAAGUUGUCAAAGAAAAAAAUACUUUGGAAGAAAAAUUCACGAAAGAUAGGGAAAACCUUGAGGAAAACAUACUUGAACUGAUCGAGAAAAUUAAAUGCUUGGAAAAAGGACGGGGCCAUGAAAAAGUAGCAUUGGCUGGAAAAUCGACAUCUGUCCUUUCAGAGGAUCAGAAACUUGAUGCUAAAAGAAAGGUACAAGAAUCUGGUUUCCUAUCAACAGAAAAUAGCCCAGUUCAGCAAACCAUUUCCUUGAAAAAUGCUCAGGUCGAGCUGGAGUGGCUGCUCCAGGAGGAGGUGCAGAAAGCCACUUGUGCUCUCGAGGACGUCCCGUCUGAGCUGAGCAGCUACCAUGAAAAGCAGAUGAGUCAGAUGCAACAUCAGCAUGAACAGGAGAGAGCAGAACUGAGGAGAGAGCACCAGAAAGAGGUGGAGGCCACACGCAAAGAGAUGAAAGAAAAGUUGGACGAACAGCAGCAGAAAUGGGAACAAGAGCGGAGAGAACAGAUCAGUGCCAUCAAAAAGAUCCAUGAACGAGAACAUGAUCGUGAGAUCGCAGAGCUGGUUAGUAAACAUAAGGAGGAGAUGAAACAGCUACGCGAGGGACUUCACAGCAAGCACCAGCAGAUGAUGGAGGGGCUGCAGCAACAAAUGAAUGCAUCACACCGAGCAGAGAUGCAGCAGGCCCAGCUCCAGGCGCAGACUCUCCACACCCUGGAACUGGAGGCCCUUCGCCUGAGCCUGAGCAACAUGCACACGGCCCAGCUGGAGCUGACCCAGGCAAACCUGCGGAAGGAGAAGGAGACGGCCCUGGUGGAGCUGCGAGAGAUGCUUAAUGACAAGCGAGCUCAGGAGGUGGCCCUCCUCCAGAGCCGCCUGCAGUUUGAGCUGGAGCAUGUCAGAGAGCAGCAUCGCAAGGAGAAGGAAGAAAUGGCCUUGAAGCACCAGCAGGAGCGAGCCGACUUGGAAAAAAAGCUGGAAUUAGAAGUGGAGACACAGGCCCAGACGUUGGAGACUCUCCGGGGAGACUGGGCCUCGGAGAGGGACUCUUCCUUGAGGAGGUUGCAGGAAGAGCUGUCCACGAAGCACCAGGCAGAAAUGGAGAGCACGCGCGAGGCUCUGAGGGCCCAACUGGCCGAGCAGAAGGCAGAGCUCGAGAAGAUGGGCCAUGACAAGGCCCAGGCUGAAGCCACUCUCAGGAGCCUGAGAGCCCAGCACCAGGUGGCGCUGCAGGACCUUCGCCAAGAGCUGCAGCUUCAGCAUGACCAGUAUUUGGAAGACGCGAACCUGAAAUUCCAAGAAAAGCAGAGAGAGGUGGGUGCCCAGCUGGACACACUUCAAGCCUCCUAUGAAGAACUGAAGGUGCAGUCUCACGAAGAGAUCCAGCAACUGUGGUCUCAGCUCGAUUCCACACGGGCCAAUCGCCAGGAGCUGAAUGAACUGAAGGAACAGCUCGUGGCCCGAACGUCCCAUGUGGAGGAGUUGGAGCGCCUGAAGCACGGCUUUGAGCAGCGGCAGCGGCAGUGGCGAAGUGAGCACGAGGCCGAACUAGAGCAGCUGCGGGUCUACUUUGAGCAGAAGCUGCGCGAUGCCGAGGAGAGCUACCGUGAGGACCUGCACCUGCUCCAGCAGAGGCUGCGGGAGGUCCGUGAGGACUCCUUCCUCGACUCUGCAGACAUCAGUUUGUGUGCUGGCUUUGUGGAAGAGGAGGCCGAAAUGGAGAGAAAAGCCCAUCUGGAACAGCUAAUACUUCAGCUGGAGCAGCACAAGGAUGGGAUUGCUCACUUGAGGCUGCAGCUCGAAGAGAAACACAGGGAGGAAUCGGCCACAUUAGAGGCCUCUCUGCGGGCGCAUCACGAGGAGGAGGUCCGGAAAGUGAAGGCAGACCUCUCUGAGAAGCACGCCGCCCACGUGGAGAACUUGAAGCAACAGCACCAGCUACAACUGGACCAGCUGCGUGGUGGACUCUCCGAGGAACACAGGAAAGACAUCACCAAGCUGCACUUGCAGUGUGCUCAGCUUGCUGCCCGCCAGGUGGAGGCAGAGGUAGCAGAGAGGGUCUUGGUCCUAGAAGACGAUCACCUGGCCAGAGUGGCCCAGCUUCAGUCUGAGGAGGAGCUGAUCUCACAACUUCGGGACCAAGUGGACCUUGCAAAGAGGGAAAAUAGGGAACUGCUGGAGAAGGUGCAACAGGAGAGCUGCCUGAAGGAGGAAGCUGAGAAAAUGAGACGCAGGCUUGUCGAGGACCACCAGACAGAGAUCGAGAGAAUGAAGGAAGAGGUUCGGCAAAUGAUCCAGAAGGACCGGGGCAGAGAGGACGCGUGGAGGGUCCAGAGCGAGGAGAGCUUGGCCGCACUAGCCCUCGAGCUAAACGGCAAGGCUGAGCAGGAGCGGCAGGCCCUACGACGGGCGCUGGAGGCUCGCGUGGCGGAGCUGGAGCAGCUGCGCGAUCGGCAGGCAGCGGACAUUGCGAGGCUGGAGACGUCCCUGGGGGAGGCUUGGGUCCGAGAGGAGGCCACCCGCCGGCUUCGGGAGGAAUGUGCCUUGGAGCUGCAGGCGAGCCGGGCCAGAUUCUUGGAAGAGCAGAAAGAGAUGAUGCAGAAAGCCACCGAAAGACAAGAUGCUCUCCUCCAGGAGCUGCAGGACAAACAUGCCAGUGAACUCCAGAUACAGAGUCAGCAGCUUCAGGAGAAGCACAGACAGCAGACCGAGGCCCUGACCGCUGAGCUGCAGAGCCAGCAAAGUGAGGAGAUGGAUGCCCUUCGAGCUUCCUUACAGAACCAGCACCAGGCCCAGCUAGAAGCCCAUGAGGCUGAGCUGCAGGCCCAGCAUGCUUCAGAAACAAGUGGACUGGAGGCCAAGCACUUGUCAAAUCUGGAUUCUCUGGAGUCCUGUUACCUGUCUGAGAUUCAGACCAUCCAGGAGGAACACAGCCGUGAGUUGGAACAACUGCAGGGGAGGCUUGAGGAGCAGCUGAGGGAGAAGGACACUGAGUACAAGGAGCUGUUGGCUCAGGAGGCAGAGAAGCACCAGCAGGAGCUACAGCAGGCCCAAGAGAGCCUCAAGAUUGAAAUGACCGCUGGACACAUUGAGAAACUAAAAGCUCUGACUGCCCAGCUGCAAGAUGCCCAUCAGGAGGACUUGCAGGCGGCCCUUCACAGGCAGAGGGCUUUGCUGGAGGUAGACCACCACAAAGCUUUGGACAGACUGAGGGAAGAAGUGGUCGGGAUGGAGGAGCAGCACCGCAGAGCCCUGGGGGAACUCAAGGACAUCCACACAGCAGAACUGGGCAGCCUGAGAGCCCAGCAUGAGCGGGAUCGGGAGGAAGAGGCCAGAGCAGUGACUGCACAGAGCGAAGAGGCCAAGCGGCAGCGGGAGCUGCUCUUUCAGCAGGAGAUGGAGCUGCUCAAAGGGCAGUCAGAAGUAAUGCUGGCCCAGCAAAUGGCCCAGCUCAAGGAUGAACUGGAGACUGAGAAGCGAGCUGCCUUACGGGAAGCUGAGGAGCUGUUGGCCCUUGAGAGAGAAAAGGCACAGGCCCUUUGCCAAAAGGAGGAGGUGCUGACUUUGCAGCUGCAGGAGCAGAGCGGCCUCAUUCUCCAGCUGAAGGAAAAAGUCUUGUCCUUAAAUAGUGAAGUAGCAGAGAGUCAUGAGGAGCUGAAAAAGCUUCAGGAGCGGCGCCACCGAGAACAUGAAGAAGGAACAAACCUCCUAUCUCUGCUGAGGUCUGACAUGGACCAUACCCAGAAUGAAAGGAAAUCACUGCAGGAAACCAAUCAGUGGCUUCUGAGUCUGUUUGGGGACACUCUGAAAGCCACCAUUGCCAUGAGGAGCCAGAUCAGUAAGAGGAUUGGAAUCUGUCUGGAUGAGGAUUCCUUGGGCAAAGAAAGCAGGUCCGUGGGGACGCCAGGACAGUCGGCUCAGGACGUGUGCCAGCUGCCUGGGGACAUGUCCCCCGGAGGUCCCAUUCCCCCCCCGGACUUCGAUCAGACCUUGCCCGAAUGUGAUGAGACGCUGCUUCCCGAAUGUGAUGAGACGCUGCUUCCUGGGAAUGAUAUCAGUUGUCACGUCCGGGAGAGCUUCUUCCUGAGUCCAGAAGUCACAGUGGAGUGUGAGCAGCCCAUCAGAAGAAUCUAUCAGAGUCUGGGGGCAGCUGUGGACAACCUCUUGGAGAUGACCCUGGACUCCAACAAGCAACUGGAGGAGACCCGAGAGCUCCACGCUCGCUUCGAGAAGGAGUUUAACCGUAAAAAUGAGGAGACGGCCCAGGUGGCGAGACAGCACCAGGAGCUGAUGGACUGUCUGAACCAAGAGAGCGCUGCCAAGAAUCAGCUGGCUGUGGAGCUUCAUAAAGCGGAAGGUCUCGCCGAGGGGUACAGAGCUGAGAAAGCUGCCCUGGAAGAGGCUCUCGCUCAGAAGGAAGAGUCGGAGCAUCGCCUGGCUGUGGAGCUGGAGAACCUGAAGGCCCAGUUCCAGGCGCUGACCCGAGAACAAGCCAAACUGAAGGAGGAGCAGGACCUGUUGUUGAGACAGAAGGAGAUGCUGAUUGUGGAGGCAGAAGAAAAAGCUGCCGCUUUACGAAAGGAGGUGGAGCACUUGGUGCAAGAACAGGCGGAAACGAGGCAGCAGUCGGAGAAGGACUGCGCGAGCCUGCGCUCUCACCUGAGGGCCUUGGAGCUCGAGGUGGAAGAGCAGCUUCCGCAGCAGCAGGAGCUCGUCCGGCAGGCUGCCGAGAUCCAGGACCUCAGGCAGCAGAUCGCCUCCCUGGACAAGCACCUACGCAACCAGCGCCAGUUCAUGGAUGAACAAGCAAUCGAACGUGAGCAUGAGCGGGAUGAGUUUCAGCAGGAAAUCCAGAAGCUCGAGGACCAGCUGAAGCAGCAGCCGCCCAAGAGCCAGCCUUGGGGAGAGCCUCGGGACAGCAAGAGCUUUGAGUUGAAUCCUGAGGUCGAAUCUUUACAAAGAAAAUUAAGAGAAAAAAUUGAUGAAUUAAAUGAAUUGGUUAUAAAGAAAGAGCUAGCAGAAAGACAACUCCUAGCCCAAAAAGAUGAAAUAAAAAACCUAGAGGAUGCUAAUGCAGAAAUCCGAAAAAAAGUGAGCUGGCUUGAAGAAGAAUUGGAGAAACAGAAGAAAAUUGGAAAAGAAUUGAGACAAGAUAAAGAGGCCUUGCAGGAGCAGCAGAUGAAUAACUUGAUCCAGAUUUCCACAUUACAGUCAAAACUGGAUGAAGCAAAACAUUUAAAACCUAUUCAGGGCAGCCCGAGUGAGGAGGAUCUCAGGGAACAGUUAAGAGCAGAGCAGGCUGCUCUCCUCAUCAAAGCGAGAGAGGUGCGGAGCUUGGAGGAAGAGCUAGGAGAACUUAAGAAGAAUCUGACAAGUAAAAGUGAGGAAAUUGUGCAGCUGAACUUGGAAUUAGCUCUUCAGAACCGCCAGAUCAGCGGCAGCAUCCAGGAGCUUUCUGCAGAGAAUGCCGACUUGAAGGUGAUGGAAGACAAAAGCGCAGAAAUAGAAGAGCUAAAAGCCAUCGUUGACAAUCUGUGUGAGAAUCAUGAGCGGUUCAGAGCGGACAAGGCUGAAGAGAUUGAGCAGCUUCACGAGGUCAUCGAGAAGCUCCAGAAGGAGCUCUCCAUGCUGGGGCCUGUGGUCCACGAGGUCAGCGAUAGCCAGGGAGACUCUGAUGGCUCCCAGGCGGAGAACCUCCAGCGCGAACUCGCCCAGGAUGAGCUCGGGGCUCUCCUGGCUGCCAAGGAGCGCCUGGGCCAGCUCCUGGAGGAGGAGAGCCAGUUCCGGCUGCGUGUGGCUGCCCUCGAGCAGGAGCUGCACAGCGUCCGUGAGGCCUCUGCAGAGCAGCUGACUCUGAAGGAGGCUGAAGCCAGGAGAAUGGCCUCAUUGGCCCGGCGGUGGAAGGCUGCUGUACGCCAAAAGGAGGCUGAGCUGGAGGCUCUGAACAAAGAAAAGAGGACGCUUUUGGCUGAGCUGGAGGCACUGGUGCUAGCCUGCUCUCGCCUCGAGAAGGAGCUGGAAAGGAAGCGUCCGGCGGCCUCCCACGAGCCCCCAGAGCUGCAGAUGCUUCGUGCUCAGUGUGUCGGCCUGAACUUGAAGCUGCAGGCCCUCAGCCAGAGGCUGGUCACCUACCAGAUGGAGCUCGAUCAGCACCAGGCUUGUGGGCCCCAGUGCCGAGUGCAAAUCCAGAAGAACUUGAUGCAACAGGACGCUUUUCGUGUGCCCAGGACACAGGGGCCUGGGCGGCUUCAGUCUGGAGCUCCGGCUCCCUCUCAGGAGCGUCAGGGUGGCAUUCGGGCCUCUCAGGAAGGGCUCUGUGCUGCCACCACCACGGAGGAAGAGUCUGAUGAGGACCCAGGGCCAUGGGAGCCCACUGCUGCUCCUCAGGGGCAGUGGGGCGGGCGCGGACUGAACCCCCCAGGCCCCCUGCACUGUACGCCAGCCUUCCUCUCUCUGGAUCAUGGGCUCUCGGGGGCCCUGCGGCUGUUUCCCGCCCUUUGGAACCUAGCUGAGAAUCGGUCUCUGGGCACCCAGGCCCCAGGCAGCCGGGAAGAGGCAGGCCUCGAGAGCAAGGAAAAUGGCAUUUCAGUCUUGACAGUCUGUCAGAAACAGCUGGAGUCUGAGUUACUCUUUAUGAAAAAUAAGAUGCAGAUGGGUACAGAGGACAGCAGCAAACUGGUACAAAAGCCGGUGGACGUCUAUCAGCUCCAGAAGGGCGACCUGAUAACCCAAGUGAGACAUAUUCAAGAGAAGCUGCAUCACCUCAUUGACUCCAUAUCCUGCAGGGACAGCAACGUCCAAGUCUCGAGUCGCUGCCUGGAAGGAGUGUCCGAGGGCCCCCCGGCACCGAGUCCUCCCCAGGGGCUUGGCGGUCCUGUUUCGGCGACUCCUGGGGACCAGUCGGCGGCCGCCCAAAGCCCCCCUCCUCCGUCUCAGGGCCCCGUUUCCAGCAUCCUUCCGCACUCCUGGAAGCUGCUUGACCGUUCUGAAGCAGAGGCUCCAGGACAAGGCCAGCCAACGUUGACGUUUGACAAGAGCCCGGAUACUUGGCUGAGCAGCUCAUCCGACGCCGACCCGGCAACCCCCGACUUCUCCUACUUUGAAGAUUGCGGGGCUGCUCAGAAAGCUCCCCCUCCCGAUGAAGAGUCCGCCCAGGGCUCCCCGCCUUCUGCCUGUCGUGCUGAGAAUGCGGCCCAGGAUGCCGAUCCCCUGGAGACUGUUCAGCACUUCAGAGAUACCAUCUUGGACAUGGACUCCUCCUCGCUGGGCUCCCCAGAGCUGGUUAGAAAAGACUCCACACUAGACCAGCUGUCCAGCGUUCACCUGACACCCCUCUCCCAAGCCGCUGACUUGCAGAGCCCCGACUGGGCUUGGAGAUCCUCGGCCUUGCGGGAUUCCUCGGGCUCCCUGGGUUUCCCUGCUCUCCCAGGCCUGGAAGCAACCCCUCAGGCUUCACAGUUUCCAUCUCUUACGGAAAAAGCACGGCCGGAUGACUGUCGUGUCACGGAAGGGAUGAUGUUGGAGAAAGAUGUGGAAGACUUCAUCCUAACACCAAGCAAUUCUCAAGAACACCUCGAAUCCACAGCACCCGGCUUACAUGGGGACAGUGAUGGCCAUGACAACAAGCAUAGUUCAGAUCUUCCAGACAAACUAAAGCAAGAUUCAGAAAGAGCAGAACCUGCUGACACUCGCCUCGUGACUCGUCAUAAAUCUGGAAUGGUUCAAAGGCCCUUGAAACCAAUUAAGGAUAAGGAAAUGCAGUCCAAACAGAUGAAGGCGUUACUGAAGAUGGUGUGUGACGAGAGCCAGCAGAUCCUGGUCUUGUCCAAGUCUGAAGCCCCUGCCCCGGAGCUGGGCAGUGCCCUGCCGCCCUCCACCCCGGAAUGCUUUCAGAAGGAGAGGCAGGGCUUGUUGGAUGCUGUGCAGGCCCUCAAGGAGCACCUCAUCAGAGUGCCACCCCGAGGAGAAGAGAAGGAACCUUCAGACACAGGCUUUGACUGGGGAGGAGAAUUUCUGCAGGCUGUCCAAGAAGUCCUGGAAAAGGAGCGGAACAUGCUCAAAAUCGAACUCCAGUCCAAGCUGUGCAGUCUUGAUUCUGGAGACGAAAGAUCCCUGCUUGAAAAACUGGAGGAUGUCGUCAAGGAGCAGGGAGAGCUGCAGAAGAGAACCUUAGAAAAUCUUCACUUGACCGACCGGAGCAGCCUGCUGUCCGAAAUCCAGGGCCUGCGAGCCCAGCUGCGCAUGACCCACCUGCAGAACCAGGAGAAGCUGCAGCAGCUCUACGAGGCCCUCACCAACGUCGAGGACCAUGGCAGCAAGCAGGAGUACCAGUUUCGGAGGCAGGUUGAAUUACUGGAAUAUAAAGUAGAGCAGGAGAAGUGUAUAGUGAGUGACUUACAGAAGACUCUCACAGAGGAGCAAGAAAAAGCGACUGAGAACCAGAGGCUUCUGUUGGCCUCCCAGAACACAGCCCAGGAACUCAAGUCGGAGCUCGAGGAGUGCCAGCAAGAGAAGGAGAGUGCGGCCCAGGCCCUGAGAGAAGCCCAGAAAGAAGCUACCCACCUGAGAUCCGUGCUGGAAAACCAAGAGACAGACCUGAAGGCGGCCUUGGAUGCCCUGCAGAGCGAGAAGCAGAGAGGGAAGGAGCUGCAGGCCCUCGUGGAGGAAGGCCAGAGGCACAGCCUGGAGCAGGACGAGCUGCGGGCCAAGGCCAUCGAGGAGCUGCAGGCGUCCCUGGACAAGCAGCGCAGCCAGAACGGGCAGCUGGUGGUGAGCCUCCAGCACGAGCAGACGGAGAAGGCGAACCUCAAGAAGGAGCUGCAGAUCGAGUACUCGCGCUGCGAGGCGCUGCUGUGCCAGGAGCGCGGCCAGGUGUGCGAGCUGCAGCGGGCCCUGGAGGCCGAGCGCGCCCACGCGGCCGAGCUGGCCGAGGCCCUGGGCCACGAGCGCCUGGUCACGGAGCGGCUGAGCAAGCGCGCGGGCGAGGCGAGCUCGCAGAAGGAGGCGCAGCUGCAGCAGGCCUUCGUGCGCAAGCUGAAGGAGGAGAAGGGCCGCGGGGCCGAGCUGCAGGUGCUGCUGGACGAGGCCCGGCAGCAGGCCGUGGCGGCCCAGAAGCAGCUCGAGCUCGAGGCGCAGGCGCACCGCGAGGAGAUGAAGAAGGAGAAAGAGGUGAGUGUGCUGCUGCAGGCCUCGGCGGACGCCCUCCACAAGCAGAAGCAGGAGCUGCUGCGCUACCUGGAGGAGGAGAGGGCCAAGCAGGGCCGGCUGCAGGCGGAGCUGGAGCACUUCCAGCUCGGGCCCAAGGACGAGGCCGGCCCCGAGGCCCGGAGGGACAAGGACAGAAGGCGCGAGGCCGGCUCGGCCGAGGAGGACAAGAGCAAGAGGGGGAAGAAGGACAAAGAGAGGCUGCGGGAGCUGGAGCUGCAGCGUCAGCGCGAUGAGCACAAAAUCCAGCAGCUUCAGCAGACCAUCAGCGAGCUCCAGAGCGACAAAGGCUUCGUGGCGGGCCGAGGCUGGCAGGAGUGCGGGGCCGGCGUGCCCCUCCCCCCCAACACCGAGAAGCUGAAGGAGCACCAGGAGCAGCUGCAGAGCGUCCGGCAGCAGCUCCUCCACGCCGUGGCCCUUCUGACCAGCUUCAUGAACCAAACUGUCAACAGAACCAUCAGUGACUGGGCGUCAUCCAAUGAAAAGGCUGUGACGUCCUUGUUGCUUACACUGGAGGAAUUAAAGUCAGAGCUAAUGAUGACCCUCCCGCAAGAGGAAGACGUAGCUGCCCUGGGACCACCGCCGGUAGUCACGUGGCUGGGGCAGAAACACCCCCCUGGCACCCUCAAUAAAAAAAACACCCAGGCCCAGAUCAGCCUCAUCGAUGUGCUGCUGAAGGAGAACGGCUCCCUGACCAAGGCCCUGAGCACCAUGACCCAGGAGAAGGUGGAGCUGUGCAAGACCGUGUCCAAGUUGGAGAGGACGCUCAAACACCACCUGCAGAAAGGCUGUGGGCACAUCUAUAAAUACGUGGACCGAAUCGGCACGCUCCAGAAAGGCGACAAGACCACUUGGAAGCAACAGAAGAUCGCCCUGCAGGGCUCGCGAGCCGGCGAGCCUGCGAUGGUGAAAGCCGCCUUUAAAGGCGAAGCCACCUUUGGCGGGGGGAACACAUGUCGCAUCCGGAUGGAAAAGUUGUACCUGCAUUUCCUGCGAGCCGAGAGCUUCCGGAAGGCCCUCAUCUAUCAGAAGAGAUAUCUCCUGCUGCUGAUCGGGGGCUUCCAGGACUCUGAGCAGGAAACCCUGUCCAUGAUCGCACACUUGGGGGUGUUCCCCUCCAAGCUGGACAAGCGGGCUUUCUCGUCUCGCCCCUUUACAAAAUUCCGGACCGCAGUCAGGGUGGUCAUUGCCAUCUUAAGACUGCGCUUCCUGGUGAAGAAGUGGCAGGAGCUUGACCGGAGAGGGAUGUUCAGUCAGAGCAGCGAGCUUGACUCGGUGCCCGAGGAAGCAGCCACGGUGUCAAGGCAGCCGCCGCCACCCCUGUCAUCAUCGCCUUUGCUCCCCGAGACCCCCAGCUCCCCUCCCACCCAGGAUCACCCCCUGGGCUCUCUGAAGUUGAGACAUUCCUCUUCCUCUGCCUACCGCGUCUGGGACAGACCCCUCACGUCCCCUGGCUCCAGUGCGGACGUUUUUGACAGUUCUCAAGACCCCGAGCAUUCGCUAACGGAAUACAUCCAUCACUUGGAGAUCAUCCAGCAGAGACUAGGGGGUGUCCAGCCAGAGCUGAGUUCCAAAAAACCCGGCCAUCUGAAGACCAAGAAGUGAGCAGCCCUGCGUGCAGUCGCAUGUGAGGAGGCAGCAGCAGCA